AGAAGCCGCCUUUUUUCAUCUCUUUCCUACUUGAUCAUGCUCUAAUUUCUAAACCCAGAACUCCAGAAGCCGCCUCACACCCUCACCACUCUCCACGAAUCACGAUUCCACUUCUCGUUCUCGACAGGCGACAACUCGGCUCUCGUCUUCUCCAGCCAGAUUGCCGCCUCCGCCUCUUCCAGAAUCACGCCGGUCAGCGACUCAGUGUCCAGCCGGACCAACCCUCCUCUCGGCUCUCGACUUAGUGCCCCAGCAAAUAUACAAGGAUAGUAUGGGCACCUAUUAUUCUGUAAAUACACAAGUCAUAGUGUCAUACAGAGAAAAAUAGAACCAAUACUGUCAAUAUUAGCAUCAAGUCAUCAACCACCUGCUUUGGAAACUUUCAUGGAAGUUUUACUAUAUCAAGGUGGACAAACUUCUUGCUGAGUGAGCUUUGGCAGCAAAGAUAAUGAAGAUAACUAUUGGAGUUUCUUGGAAGUUACUUCUGAAAACCUCAAGAGGAGGGACCGAGGGAGCACUCUGGGCUUCAACAGCAAUGGAAAAUUGCUCUGAGUUGGACAUGGCAAAACCUUCCCAAAAUGCUUUCCAUUUCCCUCCACCUCAUCGUCGCCGACCUUUAAUGGGUGAAACUUACUGCACACUGAUUCACAUCCUAUCCCAUUGCCCCGCUGGCUGUGAACCACAACCUUCUCAACAAAAACAAGAAUCAGGAAAAGAGACCACUGCUCAUGGUGGAUUAGUUGAUCAACACACGGAGGCUGAAAUUAAGUUAGUGAGUGAUAUUGAUCAUGAGAAAAACAAAAGUGAUGCCAUAUGGCAGGAAAUGGGUGAUAUCAGUGAUGGGCAAAUAAAAGAUUGUAUUGAUUUGUUGGAUCACAUUGAUGAUGCAAUGGAAGUUAAUGGGGAAGUCCCUCAAAAGAAUGGUGGUAACAAUGGUAUCUCAAGCUCUUUGGUGGACCACAAUCAAGCUAGUACUCUUGUUUUGCAGUUGUAUAAGGAGCAGGAAGAUAAGUCUAAUGCCCCGGAAGUGCAUGUGGGGGAAUCUGAUCGUGUGCAACUGCAAAAUAUGGAUAAAAAAAUCUCUGUUUAUGAGGCUUGUGCCACUAUAGAAUCAUGUUUUAUGGAUGAGGAUAAUGAAGUGUCUCUACUUGUUCAGGGCAGUGAAGAGAAAAGCCAUGCUGCAGAGAAGAAUUUGUUGGAAGGCAUGGAGCAUAGAUUGCAACUUAAAGAGAUGGAAUUACAAAAUUUGAUCUCUGCCUCUGGAGCAGCCAAUUCAUCAGUUCAUGACACUGUAGUUGAAGAGAUUGAAGAAGGGGAAAUUUCUGGGGAUGCUGAGGUUAGUGAUGAAUCAGAUAGCAACAUGUUUGAAGACACGGUGUCACUAGAGCAAGGGCAUGCUCAUGUGAGUAUCACAGCUGAAAAAGAGUUCAUUCUUGAUGUUCUGGACACCAAACUUCAGGAAAAGCAUGUACAAACUUCAUUUUCUAAUGAUUCAGCAAAUGGUUGCAGCAAUGUUUGUAAGGAGCUUCUUGGAAAAAAAUCUGAGGUGGAGAAGAGUGACUUUGAAAUGGUUGUUUGUCAGAAAGAUGUUGAGACUAAGAAGAUUGAUGGGUUUGAUAAUGUUAUACAUAGUGAAAUAGUUAAUGGACAAGUAGAUGGUAGGAAUGUAGAUAGUUUUGCAGCUUGUUUGCCAUUGAAGGCAGUCUCCUUAGAAAAUGCUACUAAAAGUACAGGUUCUGUUACUGAUACAGAGUUAGAGGUUGCAAAUGAAGGCAAAAGGAAAAAGAAGAGAGGCCCUAUAACCAACGAAAGAAGAGCAAAGAAAAAGUGCAAAGAGAGGAUUAAGCGAGCUCAAAAGAACAUAAAGCUAGGAGUGAAAAGAUUAAAGCUGCCACCAAUUGUGAAACCAAAAACAGUGUCAUAUUGCCGCCACUAUCAGAAAGGAAGGUGCCAGGAGGGUGAAAAGUGCAAAUUCUCUCAUGAUAUAAUUCCAUUAACCAAAUCCAAGCCAUGCUGCCAUUUUGCACGCCAUUCUUGCAUGAAAGGUGAUGAUUGCCCAUUUGAUCAUCAGCUCUCCAAAUAUCCAUGCAAUAAUUUUGUAUCCAAUGGUUUUUGCAGCAGAGGUGUAGACUGUUUAUUCUUGCACAAAGUGCCAGCUAAGACAGAGUCUUCAGCAACUUCUAUUGUCUCCAAGGCUGAGUUGAAGUCACCUUUACUUCCAAGUAGUUUAAGCCAAAAGAUGCAAGUGAAUGCUCAUGGUAGCUCUCAGCAUUUUCCUGGGAAGAACACAGGGCAUACUGUAGGUGAGACUGUCCAAAAACUGGCUGUGCGUGCACCAAAAGGUGUAAGUUUUCUCACUCAUGAGAAGUUGCCAGUUGGUGAGACUAAUGAUAAAGAACUUGGCUCAUCAUUGAAGGAAGGCGAUUCUGGCAAAUUUAAUCGGGAGGAAAUCCAUUCUAAGUUAGACAAUACUCGAAAGCCAAAUGAUGUUAUCAAGGGACCAACUUCAAGGAUACCACAGGGGAUAAACUUCCUUUCCUUUGGCAGAGCUCCUUUGGCUGAUCCCAGUUCUAAGACAAUAAUACCAAACUUGCUUAACAGAGAUUAUAGAAUUGGAAAAUUGCAAUUAGGUGAAUUUAGUAAAGGUAAGGAGGAUACUGCCUCAUCUCCAAGCAGUGGUGAUAGUUGUAGAAAUGAGAUGACAACCGGAACUCCCCCUAAAUCUAUGCCUCGGGGCUUAAGCUUACUCUCAUUUGACAAAGUGUCAUCGGAUGUUACUAGUUCAACAGAGCAAGCUAUAAUCUGCAAUAAAGAGUACAAGAUUGGUUCACCUGUGGUUCAAGGGAUACAAGGUUCACUAAGUAGACUUGGUGGUUCGAGGGAAAUACAAUUUAUGUUUGCAUCUUCUUCAUUUCCAUCAAAUCAGCUUUUGGGUCAGUCUGCAGUGGAGCACAGUGAAGGACUGCCCAACUCAUCAAAGACAACAUUCUUGGCAAAUAUACCAAGCUCAGCACAAAGGUCUCUACUAUCAACAUUAGCAUUCGCAGCUAAGUUCGAGUCUGGAAUCAAGUUAGAUCAAUCAAUUGGUGGUGCCUCUGUUGCAAGUUCCAACAUCAAAGAGCAUCGCUGAGGGUUCAAAAGAUUACUCUUAGGAUGACCUCCACAGUUUUGAAGUUUUUACAUGCAAUAGUGUCAUCCUUGCUCUCAUUUACAGUAUUCAUUCGGUCAUUCCAUGUCACAACAUUGCACCGUGGAAAGGAAUGGGAAGAGAUAAACAAAAGGUUAUUUGCCAUUUUCAUGUGUUUGACAACAAGCAGAGAAUUUUCCAAUAUGCCAUUUGCUCUCCUUUUUCUUGAAUUAUUUAUUUUUAUUUAUUUCCAUUAAUGAGAUUCCUUUUUUCCUAAUUAGUUAUUUUGACACAAAUUCGGUUGAAUAUGAGUUAACCAGAAGGAAAUCCUGUAUGCGCUUUCAGUUAUAUAGUACACACCUCUCGGAGAAAUGGCUAACACAAGCAUUCCUUUAUAUACUGCAGGUUAGAUAAACAUGUUACUUUGUUUUGCUUUUCAUUCAUUAUUAAGAUUAAGAAAAACAAAGAGAAUGCAUGAUCAAUGGCUAACCACCCAGUCUAUAUAUCACAGGAGCGGCAUCUUUACUAAAUGCUAAACUUGUUCGUGAACUGAAUGCAACCUCUGCUUCAGAGAUGGGUGAUCUGGAUCUUGAUUAUGAAUUAUGAUACUAUUAUUUCUGCUUAAGGAAAGUUGAAUGUAGAUUUCUUCCACAAUGUUGAAGAAGAGCAUGCAUUAAUUAUUUGUCAAAUUCUGUACGUGACGUGUCAUCUCAGGCAGAGUACAUUUAUUAUUGUUGUCCUCGUUUAUUGAAUAUUUUGGUCAAAUUCUUGAACAAGAAAUGAAACCUGAACAAGGGUGUUCUGGACCCUGGGUUAUGUACAUAAUAAACAACUUUCUCUUAAAGCACAUGGGAAAUGCAAUGAACAAAGAAGAUAUUCAUUUUGUA